UCUAACUUUGAGUAAUUUUUUUUCAAAAUGGUAAAAAUGUAUUUAAGUAGAAAGAAACAUAUAUAAUGAUGAAAAAAUUGUGAUAAGAUACACAAGUAAAAUGAGAAGUCAUAACUUCUAACGAUUUGUAUUUUCUCUUGGUAUUAUUGUUCAGACAAUGGUAAAUAACAUGGUUGGAGACUUGUUUGAAGUCCUAUUACAAUUGGAGAUAGUUGGAAAUUAUUUCUAAGUCAUCAGAAUGGAUAACUUGCUUGAACUACACAUUUUUCAAAUUCACAACAUAAAAGCUAUAAGAACUUAUAAAAUACAAUAAUACUUUGUAAUUUGUCGUUACUCUUUAGUUACUAGUUUGUGUAACAUUUAGCAAAAAGGGUUAUCAAAAUUUGGUAGCAAAAUCCAAAUACUCGAAUCGAUUGCGAUGUUGAUGAGCCCAAACCAUAAUGGGCUUUAUUAAACCCAUUAAUUCGAAACUAACUAUUAAGUCUAGUUUUAGUAUAAGCCCAUUACGCGGAAACGGCACUGUAACUUUCAGGCGAGAAAAGAGAGAUGACGGAGCUGCCGACGAAAGAGGCGAACUUGCUCAAAGGCCACGAAGGGGCGGUUUUAGCGGCGAGGUUUAACGGGGACGGAAACUACGCUCUCACAUGCGGUAAAGAUCGAACCAUCCGCCUCUGGAACCCGCACCGUGGAAUCCUAAUCAAGACCUACAAAUCCCACGGCCGCGAAGUCCGCGACGUUCAUGUUACUUCAGACAAUGCAAAGUUUUGCUCAUGUGGUGGUGAUAGACAAGUGUAUUACUGGGAUGUUUCAACGGGACGCGUCAUCCGUAAGUUCCGUGGUCACGACGGCGAGGUCAAUGCGGUCAAGUUCAAUGACUCAUCAGCUGUAGUUGUAUCAGCUGGUUUCGAUCGUUCCUUACGUGUUUGGGACUGCAGAUCUCACAGUGUUGAGCCAGUUCAGAUCAUUGAUACGUUUUUGGAUACAGUCAUGUCAGUUGUUUUAACAAAGACUGAGAUUAUUGGUGGUAGUGUCGAUGGAACUGUUCGAACCUUUGACAUACGUAUGGGUAGGGAGAUGUCGGAUAAUUUAGGACAACCGGUUAAUUGUAUAUCGGUAUCAAAUGAUGGAAACUGCGUUUUAGCUGGUUGCUUGGACUCUACUCUGCGUCUACUUGACAGAACCACAGGAGAGCUACUCCAAGUCUAUAAAGGUCAUAUAUCUAAGUCAUUUAAAACCGAUUGUUGCCUCACUAACUCGGACGCACAUGUGAUUGGAGGAUCGGAGGAUGGAAUGGUUUACUUUUGGGAUUUGGUAGAUGCAAAAGUUGUAUCCAAAUUUCGAGCUCAUGAUUUAGUGGUGACAAGCGUGAGUUACCACCCCAAGGAAGAUUGUAUGUUGACUUCCUCGGUCGAUGGUACAGUUCGUGUCUGGAAAAAAUGAAGAAAAAACGAUGCUAAGCGGAUUCUGUUUGUUUCAUGUUGUUUCUCUGUUUCAUUAUUUUUUUAUUUUUAAUUUAUCUUUUUAUCGGAUUGCAAUAGCCGGUUCGUGAAGUGAAAAUAUUUGCUGAUUUUAGUUGUUUGCGA